AUGUGCGGAAGAUAUGUCGUAUACUCGAGGCUAGAAUCUUUGGAGCAAGCCCUCGAGAGAUCAAAUAUAAAAUGUACUAAAUGGAUUGAUAAAGAAAAGUACCAAACCUCAUAUAAUGUUGCACCUUGUCAUUUUCAACCGGUUGUUCGGGUUGAAUAUGAUUCGCGUGAGACAAUACUUCAUACUAUGAGAUGGGGAUUAAUUCCCUCGUGGACAAAGGAAAAACCCGAGUUUUCCAAAUUGAUCAUCAAUUGCCGUGAUGAUUCAUUAAAGGAAGGAAAGAGCAUUUUUAAUUCUAUGAAGAAUAGAAAACGUUGUCUGGUGGUUGCUGAUGGAUUUUAUGAAUGGUUAAAAAAAGACAAAAAAAGGCAUCCAUAUUACAUCAAAAGGAAAGAUGGAAAUUUGUUCUUAUUUGCCGGAUUAUAUGAUUGUGUAAAGUUUGAAGAGAAUCCUCUCUAUACUUAUACUAUCAUUACUACGAUGUCUUCAACUUCGAUCGAAUUUUUACAUGAUAGAAUGCCAGUAAUUUUAGAGAAUGGAUCAGAAGAAUUGGCUACAUGGUUAGAUCCACGAACACCUUGGAAUCCUGAAUUAGCCAGGCUUCUAAAACCAUUCGCAGGCGAACUAGAGAUUUACCCGGUCUCUGAUGAUGUUGGACAUGUUAAAAAUAAUUCUCCUGAUUUGAUUCUUCCCCUCGAUUCGAAAAAAUCAGUUAUCGAUUUUUUCCAAAAGAAACAAGAUGUCACAGAUGAGAAAACAAAAAUGGAACCAAAUGAAGAUGAUAAAAAAGUUGUUCCUGCAAAACGUUCUUUUAAUACAUCUGAUGAUGAAACAUCUUUUGAUAAAAAGUCCAACAAAGUUCAAGAGGAUGAAUUUGAUAUUCCAUCAUCACCUGAUCCUAAAAAAGAAUCUUCACCAUCAACACCUCCAAGUAUACCUAAAAAAUCAUUAAGAUCUACACCAUCAAAAUCUAAUAGGACGCCUAAAAAAUCAUUACAAUCUGGACCAUCAAAGAGACAAACACCUAGGAAGAAGAAAGUUGAUAAUGUUAAAGAAUCUGAAAAGAUUACAAAUUAUUUUUCUACAAAGUCAUCCUGA